UCAUAGCAAAAUCUCUUCUCUUCUCUUCUUUCUCAGUUUCGUAGCUCACUUCCAUAGCAAAAUCUCCCACUCUCUCUGAUUCAUUUCAGAAACCAAAACGUUUAACAAAAAUGUUGCGGCACAUUACAAAAACCGCAGCAAAAAACCACUAUUCUUUCAUUAGAAAUAUCACACCAACGAUCUCAUCUCUAAACUAUUCUUCUAAAUCUCCAUCAAAGCCCACUAAACCCACAAAACCCACUUCCAAAACCCCUGCCACCACCACCGCUGCCACCGCUGACAUCUUCUUCGACGAACAAGAACGUCUCCGCAACCUCACCGCCGACGAAAAAAACCCAUCACUCAACGUCGGCCCCAAUGGCCGACGCCUCUUCACUUCGUCCACUUCCUUAUCUAAGCUCACUAACAACGAUAUCUGCACUUACUUCAACCUCACGAAGGAGGGAUUGGAUGCUGUCUUGCCUGAAGGGUUGCCGAUCGGUAUGGAGAAAGAGUUUAAGGAUUCUAUGAGAACUGCUUUGAUGGUUCGUCAGAGCUUUUUGGAUCUUCGUGAUAAUUUUAAACGUGUUGUUGAUCCGCGAAUGUGGUCGCCUCACGGUAAAGGGGUCAAAGUUAGGAAGCAAGUUGUUUUAGAUGGUCCUGUUAGCUGUGGGAAGAGCAUUGCGCUUGCAAUGCUUGUUCAGUGGGCUAGAGAAGAAGGAUGGUUGGUUUUGUAUGUUCCUAGCGCAAAAGAAUGGACUCAUGGAGGAUUUUUCUAUAAGCAUCCGCAAACCGGGCUAUGGGAUACACCUGUCCAGGCUGAGAAUGUCCUCAAAGAUUUCUUGAAGUACAAUGAAUCCUACUUAAAAGAACUGCCAUGCCAAAUAUUUGAUCCAAUCCCAUUAGGUGAGGGUGCUGGGGUUGGUUGGUUGAAAGAUGUUGAUUCAAUGGCAAUUCCUGAAGGUACAAUGUUAUAUGAGCUGGUGAAGACUGGCAUUGAACAAACACAUGCAGCUGUUGGAGUGGUAGUUCGUUUGAGGAAAGAGUUAUCACUUGUUAAAAACAUGCCUGUUCUUAUUGCAAUUGAUCAAUAUAAUAACUGGUUUACAUUCAGUGAGUAUGAGGAGCCUGUUACAAUUCGUUCUUGUCGGCCAAUACAUGCUAAAGAACUUACAAUGGUGAAGGCUUUUAGGUCAAUGAUGCAUGAUGAUAUGAUGGUAGGGGCUUUCUCUCAUUCAACAGCUGUAGGAAAGCUUCGUAAAGACUUACCGGAUGUACCGGUAGAUGCUCGUGCUAUGUUUCCUCGAUACAGUUUAGAGGAAGCCGAGACCGUUUGUCAUUAUUAUUUAAGGCAAAGGCUUAUUCGCCGUGAAGCAUUCACGGAAGAUAAUUGGAAGAAAAUUUACUUUCUAUGCAAUGGGAAUGGAACAGAAAUGAGGGGGUUAGUUCCUUUCAUGCGAUGACAGACAUCAGAUGUAUUGUUAUAAAAAAAAUCAACCAAUGAGAUGUGUUCUGACUGUCAUCCAUAAUAAUAUUGAUUUUUCUUGUUGUCAUGAGCUAUAUUAUCAUAGGAUAGGAUAAAAUUGGAUUACUAUUUGUUUGAUCCACUAAUCUGUUUAAUUUUUUUUUAA